AUGAGUGGCAUCUCAUCCCAGUCCUCGUCAUCGGGCGCUACCACCGGCGCUGACCAGAGUAGCCGUCCCUCCAAGACGUCCUCCACAUCGACCAACUAUUGCGCCAAUUAUCUGGACAUCGAUGACAUAAUGGCCAACAGUCAGCGCGUGGUGACCACAUUCCUCCAGAGGGUGCCGGGCGUGGGCCCAGUGCUCGACCCCAACACAGACCUGCCGGACGUGGAGGUCGGCGCCAAACUGGAACUCCCGCUAUGGUUGGCGCGGGAACUGCACUCCGAGUCGUUGGUCGACGUCCAGGCGCCCAAAGGCUUCAACCGGACCUACCGGGAGAUACUGGAGGCCGACGCCAAUUGCGUGGAUCUCCACAAACUGUGUCCAAACUAUUAUCGAUUGGGCGGACACUUGGCGCGCAUGGCGUUGGAUGAGAGUCAGGACAUCGCCACCAGUCUUGUGGACACAUUUCAUCAGCGCUACCACCGAUUGGUUAACUAUUCCGUGUCCUCGGCCGGCGAU